GCUGGACUGGAGUUGAGGAGCUGAGGAGAGAAGAAGCCUGGGCUCUCACUAGUUAGUGAAACCACAGUUGCUGCCAUGUCUGGGAAGCCCGUGCUUCACUACUUCAAUGCCCGGGGCAGAAUGGAGUGCAUCAGGUGGCUCCUGGCUGCAGCAGGGGUGGAGUUUGAAGAGAAGUUUAUAGAACGCCCAGAAGAUUUGGAAAAGUUAAAAAAAGAUGGGAAGUUGAUGUUUGAACAAGUGCCCAUGGUGGAGAUCGACGGCAUGACGUUGGUACAGACCAGAGCCAUUCUCAACUACAUUGCCACCAAAUAUGACCUCAAUGGAAAGGACGUGAAGGAGAGAGCCCUGAUUGACAUGUAUGCAGAGGGUAUUGCAGAUCUGAGUGAAUUGAUCCUGCAUUUGGUUGUAACACCCCCAGAUCAAAAAGAAGCUAAGAUUUCCUUGAUAAAAGACAGAGCCAAAAACCGGUACUUGCCUGCCUUUGAAAAAGUGCUGAAGAGCCAUGGACAAGACUACCUUGUUGGCAACAGGCUGACCAGGGUGGACAUUCACCUGCUGGAACUUCUCCUCUAUGUUGAAGAGAUUGACUCCAGCCUUCUGGCCCCUUUCCCCCUGCUGAAGGCCCUGAAGAGCAGACUCAGCAGUCUGCCCAAUGUGAAGAAGUUCCUACAGCCUGGCAGCCAGAGAAAGCCUCCCACUGAUGAGAAGAAAAUCGAAGAGGCAAGGAAGAUUUUCAAGUUUUAGUAAACUUCAUUGACCAAGUCCUUGUAUACCAGUCUCUGAUGUUUUUCAAAAAUGAGAAGCAACUGUGGACCCUGGGUAUUUUAAAAUAAUAAACAAGAAGGAUCAUUGUAUGUA